CUGACACAGAGAGGAGGCUGAUCAGAGCCAAAGUAGCCCAUUUACAUAUUAAUUAAUUUUAUUGGUUAUCGGUUAAAAAAAAUGCCGAUACCGAUAAUCGGCAAAAUGCUGAAUAUCAGCCGAUAAUAUCGGCCAGGCCGAUAAACGGUCAAUCCCUAGUUCAUACAUCCUUGUGCAAUCCCACGGGGCAUGCCAUGCCAUGACCCUCGGUACUCCCAUAAGACUGCAACUGGGGACAAACACAGAAAGAGAGAGACAGAGUUCGACAACGGAGUUAGCCUCAGUUAGAGUCUUGUUUGUCACCGCACAGCUGCUCGUCAAAAUGCGAUUGUCUUUUAUCCUUUUGUUUCUCCAACUGUGGGGAAGCGUGAAAGUUUCUUUAUCACAGAAUGCCCAACAGUGCCCAGUGAUUCUUGUGGGCGAUAAUGUCCAGGUGAUUGGGGACCCAGAGGAAGCAACCUAUGGCAAUGUAGUUCGAUUCAGCUGCAAGUCCAACACUGAAAUCCUGUCUGGGUCACCAGAGAUGUCCUGUGAUGAAAAUGGAGAGUGGAGUGGCCAACCUCCAAAGUGCAACGCGAUCAAAUGUACAGUACCCAUGAUUGAAAAUGGUGAGGUGCCUGGAGAUAUCCAAGAGUACCACGAACAUGAUGUCCUGCACUUUAGCUGUAAUCCUGGAUACAAACGCGUUGAAGCCAGACUUUCAAAAUGCACAAAACGAGGACUAAGAGCAGAGUGGAGCCCCACACCUUUGUGUGAAUCAGUAAUAACAUGUAGACUGACACAGCCGCCACAGGGAGGAACCAGGUAUGAACCUACUUCCAGAAGUGUGUUUUCACAUGGUGACACAGUGAGAGUCAUUUGUGGAGAGAAGCACUGGAUCGUUAACCAACAAGACACCUCAGCAGUAACUACAUGCAAAGCGGACGGACAGUGGACUAUCGAACCAGUAUGCUCAGAGGUUAGGUGCAGCAAUCGAAGACCUCAAUUUGUGCAUUACUGGAAUGUCCGUUCGUGGGAGCGAAUAACAUUGGAUGAGACUAAAACAUAUAACUGUAGAAGAGGCUACAAGAGGACAGGUGGUGUCGAGCGGGCCACAUGCUCCAGAGAUGGAUGGAAACCAGAUCCACUUUGUCAAGAGAUAACAUGCAAGACUCAAUAUUACGAGAAUUCAGACAUUGAUGGAAUUGAUCAGCAGGAAUACAGGUACAAUGCCAGGGUCGAGUACGUCUGCAACGCUGGUUAUGAGGGCCGUUUUACUCUAACCUGUGGGGAAACAGGUUGGAUUGGGUCUCCAGGAUGUACAAGGAUACAGUGUAAAAAACUGCACAUCGACAAUGCACAAAUUAACCACAAUGAAAAGGAAACUUACAUGUACGAUGAGAACGCCCAAUAUGCAUGCAAGAACAACAGUGAAAUAGUUUUCACUAUUACCUGUGGGCAAAGUGGCUGGACUGGGAUUCAGAACUGUUCAGAUCCAGCCCAACAGUGCCCAGUGAUUCUUGUGGGCGAUAAUGUCCAGGUGAUUGGGGACCCAGAGGAAGCAACCUAUGGCAAUGUAGUUCGAUUCAGCUGCAAGUCCAACACUGAAAUCCUGUCUGGGUCACCAGAGAUGUCCUGUGAUGAAAAUGGAGAGUGGAGUGGCCAACCUCCAAAGUGCGACGCGAUCAAAUGUACAGUACCCAUGAUUGAAAAUGGUGAGGUGCCUGGAGAUAUCCAAGAGUACCACGAACAUGAUGUCCUGCACUUUAGCUGUAAUCCUGGAUACAAACGCGUUGAAGCCAGACUUUCAAAAUGCACAAAACGAGGACUAAGAGCAGAGUGGAGCCCCACACCUUUGUGUGAAUCAGUAAUAACAUGUAGACUGACACAGCCGCCACAGGGAGGAACCAGGUAUGAACCUACUUCCAGAAGUGUGUUUUCACAUGGUGACACAGUGAGAGUCAUUUGUGGAGAGAAGCACUGGAUCGUUAACCAACAAGACACCUCAGCAGUAACUACAUGCAAAGCGGACGGACAGUGGACUAUCGAACCAGUAUGCUCAGAGGUUAGGUGCAGCAAUCAAAGACCUCAAUUUGUGUAUUACUGGAAUGUCCGUUUGUGGGACCGAAUAACAUUGGGUGAGACUAAAAGAUAUUGGUGUAGAAGAGGCUACAAGAGGACAGGUGGUGCUGACCGGGCCACAUGCUCCAGAGAUGGAUGGAAACCAGAUCCACUUUGUCAAGCGAUAACAUGCAAGACUCAAUAUUACCAGAAUUCAGACAUUGAUGGAAUUGAUGAGCAGGAAUACAGAGUCGAUGCCAGGGUCGAGUACGUCUGCAGGGCUGGUUUUGAGGGCCGUUUUACUCUAACCUGUCGGGAAACAGGUUGGACUGGGGAUCCACGAUGUACAAGGAUACCAUGUAAAAAACUGCACAUCAACAAUGCACAAAUUCUCCGCAAUGAAAAGGAAACUUACAGCUACAAUGAGAAUGCCCAAUAUGCAUGCAAGAACAACGGUGAAAGAGUUUUCACCAUUACCUGUGGGCAAAGUGGCUGGACUGGGAUUCAGAACUGUUCAGGUAAGAACAGAAAAGUACAACAAAUAACAGACAUGCCUGCUUAA